AUGAUUCUCAGCACCCUUAUCAGUAGCUUCGCUGUGCUUGUCGUCUGGGGCUUGGGUAAAGCCUAUUGGACUAUGGUCAUCGUAUCGCUUCUAUUCGGUGCAUUUGCCUUCAGCUUCAUGGUUUUGCGAAGCCAUAUAGCCGCCAUAUUUGUAAACGACAGCAACCACCCAGCUGAAGAGCUCUUUGUUUCUGGAGUGCUGCUGUUCACCAGAGGUGUCGUGGGUGUCAUUUCUGGCUAUAUUGCUGCGGCAGUCCUCCAGAGCUCCGAGUCCACGAAGAUAGACUCUAGCUACGGUGUUGGAAAGUGGCGCACUCUUAUUAUUCUGCUUGGCACGACGAUGACUACAGCGGCUGUUGGAGCUAUCGGCCUUCGAAGGAGAAAACCUAGCAUACGAGAAGCAAACUCAGCAAGCAGCUGA